AUGAGUUUACGCCAUUGUUGCCGGUACCAGAUUGCUAGACCGUUUGUGCGGUAUGUUGGGACAGGAGCAGCGCCUGCGUAUGCGAACGUGAGCUCUAAUGCGGCCAGAGCACCUGUCAGGAGUGCCGUUACUGGUGGAGGUGUGGCCAGUGGAUAUUCGAAUGGUUUAAACAAGAGUCUGGGAGGUACGCCAUUGGAAACAGCUCGUACUGAGGCUUCAGCAAGAGCUCAGGAAGACAAGGGCAUCGAUUGGUACACUUCGUGGUAUGGGAUUGGUGGGAAACCAUUUGAUGAUACUGUGCAAAAGCACUUAGCGACUCCUCUGUAUACGCAAGAUAUCGAAGUGAAGCCCGAUGGCCUGAUAUACUUGCCUGAGAUCAAAUACAGACGUAUUUUGAACAAAGCAUUUGGUGCAGGAGGUUGGGGGCUUGUACCCCGUUCAGAGACUAUCGUGACCCCUAAGCUGGUCACUCGAGAGUAUGGUUUGGUGUGUCAUGGCCAGCUUGUCAGUGUCGCUCGAGGAGAACAGGAUUAUUUCAGCGACGCUGGCAUUCCUACGGCCACUGAGGGUUGCAAGAGUAACGCCCUGAUGAGAUGUUGUAAGGACCUUGGUGUGGGUUCGGAGCUAUGGGACCCAGUUUUUAUAAAGAAGUUUAAAAUUGACAACUGCGUUGAAAAGUUCGUCGAGCACGUUACGACCAAGAAGAAGCGUAAGAUCUGGCUCAGGAAGGAUCGUCAAGUCGAAUAUCCCUACAAAUAA